CUUUCCUUAACCAAUCGCAAUUCAGCAUGCCUACCGAGUAACAAAUCAACGUCGACGCGCCGAGGGGUGGUCUUAUUACUUUGUGUAGGUUGUGCCGUGUUGUGUUCUGUUUCGGCCGUGCUUGCGGAGGUAGCUCGGGGUCGGCGUAGGAGAAAGGUAGCAGCCUCCAAAUUACAAGUUGUAUUAAAAGAAGAUGGAGACAGAGCAGGAAGAGGUUGAAUUCACAAACACAGAAGCGAACGGUAAACGUCCAGCAGAAGACAUGGAGGAGGAACAGGCAUUCAAGAGAUCUAGAAACACAGAUCUGAUGGUUGAGCUGCGUAUUCUGCUUCAGAGCAAAAAUGCUGGGGCAGUAAUCGGCAAAGGAGGAAAAAAUAUUAAGGCACUUAGGACAGACUACAAUGCCAGUGUUUCAGUCCCAGACAGCAGUGGCCCCGAGCGUAUAUUAAGCAUGAGCGCAGAUAUUGAAACAAUUGGAGAAAUCCUAAAGAAGAUAAUUCCCACACUGGAAGAGUACCAACACUUCAAAGGAAAUGAUUUUGAUUGUGAGUUGAGGUUAUUGAUUCAUCAAAGUUUGGCUGGUGGAAUUAUUGGUGUCAAAGGAGCAAAGAUUAAAGAACUUAGAGAGAAAACGCAGACUACAAUAAAGCUAUUCCAGGAGUGCUGCCCUCAUUCGACUGAUCGUGUUGUUCUGAUUGGAGGCAAACCGGAUAGGGUGGUUGAAUGCAUUAAAGUUAUACUUGAUCUCAUCUCUGAGUCCCCUGUCAAGGGCAGGACUCAGCCCUAUGAUCCUAACUUCUAUGAUGAAACUUAUGAUUAUGGAGGAUUUACAAUGAUGUUUGAUGACCGAAGAGGGCGCCCCAUGGGUUUCCCUAUGCAUGCCAGGGGUGGAUUUGAUCGAAUGCCUCCAGGUCCCGGAGGUCGUCCCCUGCCACAGUCGAGAAGAGAUUAUGAUGACAUGAGCCCAAGGCGGGGGCCCCUUCCUCCACCCCCUGGUCGUGGGGGUAGAGGUGGAAGUAGAGCUCGUAAUCUUCCUCUCCCACCACCUCCACCACCUAGAGGAGGGGACCGAAGAGGAAGACCAGACCAUUAUGAUGGAAUGGGCGGAGCUGGAUAUGGCAGAGGUUCUUUCGGUGAUAUUGGUGGGCCAGUUGUAACAACACAAGUAACCAUUCCAAAAGAUUUAGCUGGAUCAAUAAUUGGGAAAGGAGGUCAGAGAAUUAAACAAAUCCGCCAUGAAUCUGGUGCAUCCAUCAAAAUUGAUGAGCCUUUAGAAGGAUCCGAUGACAGAAUAAUUACCAUUACUGGCACUCAAGAUCAGAUACAAAAUGCACAAUUUUUGCUUCAGAACAGUGUGAAGCAGUUUUCUGAAGAUUAUUCUUAUGGGUUUUGACUUCUAAACAUUGCAAGGCACAUGCUCGAGGGGUUCUAAUGCAUAAGUGGAUUCCAAAAUAUUUUGUUUAGAACAGCUUCAAUGAAAACCUGGAAUCCUUUUUCUUCUUCUUUGCUUAUGGAGUACAAAUCAAGAUCUGGAUCUCUGGAUGCUUUUGUUAAUAGUUGCCAGCAUCAAUAUGAAUUCACAAUAACAGCGGAAAAUACUCAAGCUUGAAAAUUGUACAGAAAUAGUAGAGCUGAUUUAAUAGAUCUGCAUUUAUCAAGGUCUUUUCUGACUUUUUUGUUUUAAAAGUCAAUAUCUCAUAGAAAACCCCAUGCAAAUCAUAACCAAUUAUUUUCAGUAGCAACUGAAAUUUCAGCUUUACUGUUUAGUCCUUUUUGUUUGGUUCCAUUUCUGCCCAUCUUUUAAUUUUUCACAGGUUUUUUUCGUUCUUUAGUUCUGAAAUGUCUGUUUUAAAAGCUGGAUUUGCAUUCAUUAUAACACUGUACAUAUUGUACACCUGAAGUUGAUUGUUUUUCACUUUUACAUUUUUUGCUAUGUUGUAAUUGAAAUUAGUUGCUUGUGUAGUGUUGUCAAUUGACCCACUGUGCUCGAGUUUUUAUUAAUAUAAUUAAAAGUUGUUUUUCUUUUAAUAUAUGUUGUGCAGUGGAGCAGUUUUCAAGAGUUUAAAACAAGAAAUGAGAACUGGUCAUUGUCUUACGUUCUGUCAAUGUUGGUAAAAUAUAACUAGUAGACAUUG